AAAUAUCGAUGAAUUUUAUUGUGCAUGUUCUCCAUCUCAUUGCAAAACAAUUUGCUCACUAUCUUUUAUCCUCCAAACCAAUCAAAAUAUUUAUUUCUCUCCUACGUACGUACUUCAUAGUUAUGGCAUCGUCACUUCUGACAUCUUCCGGAAUUAUCCCUACCACCGGUUCGAACAUGGUUGUCCGGUCAUUCUUACCCUUUGGAUCUGUCCGCCUGACCCGUCCGUACAACAACUCGUCCUUGCUCAUCUCAUGUUGUUCCUCUGUGUCCAAAAACGCCGAGACUAGUGGUACUGACCUCAAAACUAUCGUGGAACGGUGGCCGGAGUACAUUCCGAACAAGCUCCCAGACAAGAACUAUGUGCGUGUAUUCGACACGACGCUCCGUGACGGCGAACAAUCUCCCGGUGCAGCCCUUACUCCACCGCAGAAGAUAGAGAUUGCCCGGCAGCUCGCUAAACUCAGAGUAGACAUCAUGGAAGUUGGUUUUCCCGUGUCAUCAGAGGAAGAGUUCGAAACCAUCCAAACCAUCGCCAAAACCGUGGGAAACGAGGUUGAUGAGGAAACAGGUUAUAUCCCAGUGAUAUGCGUCAUCGCACGAAGCAAAGAAAGAGAUAUAAAGGCGGCUUGGGAGUCAGUGAAGUACGCAAAGAGGCCGAGGAUAGUCAUAUUCACUUCUACUAGUGACAUUCACUUGAAAUAUAAGUUGAAAAUGACUAGAGAAGAAGUCGUCGACAUGGUCGCGAGUAGCAUUAGGUUUGCUAAAAGUUUAGGCUUCGAAGACAUCGAGUUUGGUUGCGAAGAUGGCGGCAGGUCUGACAAGGAUUAUAUAUGCACGGUUUUUGAAGAAGCGAUCAAAGCGGGUGCAACCACCCUGGCCUGCCCGGACACGGUGGGGAUCAACAUGCCGCACGAAUACGGGAAACUUGUGAGAUACAUCAAAGCAAACACUCCUGGAAUUGAUGAUGUUAUCUUCAGCGCUCAUUGUCACAAUGACCUUGGUGUUGCUACCGCCAACACAAUCGCCGGUAUAUGUGCGGGAGCACGACAAGUCGAAGUAACAAUCAAUGGAAUAGGUGAAAGAAGUGGGAAUGCACCGCUUGAAGAGGUCGUGAUGGCUUUGAAAUGUCGAGGAGCAUUUGUGAUGGGUGGUGUUUACACAAGAAUAGACACACGCCAAAUUAUGGCUACCAGCAAGAUGGUUCAAGAAUAUACUGGCUUGUAUGUUCAGCCACAUAAACCUAUAGUUGGAGCCAACUGUUUUGUUCAUGAGAGCGGCAUUCACCAGGAUGGGAUAUUGAAAAAUCGGAGUACAUAUGAGAUCAUAUCACCAGAAGAUGUUGGAGUUGUAAAAUCUCAAAAUUCAGGCAUUGUUCUUGGAAAGCUUAGUGGACGUCAUGCAGUUAAAGGUCGUCUGAAAGAGUUGAAUGUUUACUUCUGCUCUCAGUUGGGAUAUGAAAUCAGUGAUGAGAAAUUGAACGAGGUUUUCUCACGGUUCAGAGAUUUAACCAAGCAGAAAAAGAGAGUCACAGAUGAUGAUCUGAAGGCAUUAGUAACGUGUGGUGAUGAAAUCUUCUCCUCAGAUAAAUUAAACGGCACUGACGACAACGAAAUCAACAGUAACGGCUAUGUACCGGCUCCUCAGAUUUCGUCUGUGGUAUGAAUAUGUGAACACGUUUUUUACGUUAGUGUACCACUGUAAUAUCAAGUUUCUUUUGAUAUACAUGUAUUGUUGAAACUUGUAAUGAAUAAAACAAUAUAAAAUGAAGAUGAAAAGCUUAAGCAUUAAUA